GGCUCAAGGCUCAACGUGCUCUUGGCCACGUGCCCCGUCGCAGCCCGCACCCCGCCGACGCCGCGAGCAGCCUCCUUGGCACUUGAAGCGCGAGCAUGGCGGCGCCGGCAGACGCGCGGAAGAUCGUGAAGAAGCGCAUGAAGAGGUUCCCGCGUUUCCAGGCAGACCGCUUCAAGAAGAUGAACCAGUCCUGGCGCAAGCCCGUCGGCAUCGAUGGGCGGGUCCGCCGCAAGUUCAAGGGGUCCACGCAGAUGCCAAGCAUCGGGUACGGCUCCGACAAGAAGACGAAAUACCGCCUGAGGAACGGGUUCUACAAGUUCCGCGUUCAAAACCUGUCCGAUCUGGAGAUGCUGCUGAUGCACAACGAAAAGUAUGCCGUGGAGAUAGCGCACAACAUCGGGGCCAAGAAGCGAAAGGAGAUAGUCGAGCGCGCCGACCAAUUGCGCUUGUUCGUCACCAACCGGUUCUCGCGGCUGCGCACCGAGGAGAACGAGUGAGUGCGGCGGCUGGUUCUGGGUGACGCCACUCCAGAGGCGCGCGGGGCGGAUGGGGCGAUGCGCGGAACGCAGCAA